AUCAGACAGCGGGCGAGCUCGGGUGCUGGGUGUAAGAGAGGGCAGCAGGGACAGCUCAGUGUCUCCAAAGGGGAUCAGCCAGGGGUAUUUGGGGCAGCAGACGCUGUAACAGCACAUUCUGGGAUUACACUCCUUCCACACCUGCUGAGGACACCCACCUGACACACCUGUAUCCAGGGUGAAUAUUGAAGAUAUCUGACCUCUGGGGCAAAAGAAAGGGAAGGGUUAACAAUCAUGACUGAUGUGGCCCAAAAGGCAGAGAUUCUGCUUUCUACGUCUAAACCUGUCCAAAAAACCUACGUCCCGAAACUCGCCAAAGGGGACGUGAAGAAUAAGUUUGAAGCCAUGCAGAGAGCCAGGGAGGAGCGGAGCCAACGGAGGUCGACGGACGAAAAGCAGCGGCGGAAGGAGCAGUACACCAGGGAGCGGAUCUGGAACAAGCGCAAGCAGGAGCUGAAAGAACUUCUGGCGUCCGAUGACGAGGAGGAGAAUAAAACGAAGCAGGUGGAUAAGGGCUACGUCCCCAAACUGACAGGAACCGUUAAAGGGAAAUUCGCCGAGAUGGAAAAAUUAAGGCAUGAAGAAGAGAAAAAGAGAAUGGAGGAGGAAAGGAAGAGGAGGAUGGAGCAAGACCUGAAGGAGAAGAAAAAGAUCCAGCGGGAGCUGGCCAAGAAAGCAGAGGAGAUUGAUGUCAGUAACUGUUCUGGAAGCGACUCGGACAUGGAGGAAGGAGAGGAAGAGGCGGUCGUCACGGCGACUCCGGUAAAAUCAGGCAGGUCGCCGGGGAAAAUCAGUGUAAACUUUGAAGAUCUAGAAAGAGAAAGGGAAGAAGAAGAGAGGAAAAGACGCGAAGAAGAAAAAAAGAGGCGAUACGACGAUCAUAGGCGCUCGUUCAGGGAGGCAAAGCGGCGUUCCUCUGCGACGGAUGAAACGGAGACUCAGGACAAGAAAACCAAAGAGAAUCUCACGCCCGGGAAACUGAAGCUGACGUUUGAAGAGCUGGAGAGGCAGAGACAGGAGGAGAGGAGAAAGCAGGCGGAGGAGGAGGCGCGCGUUCGCCUGGAGGAGGAGAGACGCGCGUUCGAAGAAGCAAGACAACACCUGGUAAAUGAGGAGGGGGGCGACACCACGAUGGACGCACACAAGGAGGAGCUGCGGCCGGGGAAACUGAAGCUGAGCUUCGAGGAAAUUGAAAGACAGAGGAAAGAAGAGGAAAGGAGGGCAGCCGAGGAGGAAGCGAGGCGCAGGAUAGAGGAGGAGAAGAGAGCAUUUGCCGAAGCGAGAAGGAACAUGGCUCACGACGAGGAAGACGAAGACGGUUUAGCAGAAGCCGUGAAGGAGUUUAAUCCAACUGGAAAACUUAAAAUGAGUUUCGAGGAGCUGGAGAAGCAGAGGCGCGAGGCAGAGCACCGGAGGGCCGAGGACGAGGCCAGGAGGCGGCUGGAAGAGGAACGGAGGCAGUUUGCAGAGGCCAGAAAACACAUGAAUGCGGAUGAGGCGAGCGCUCGGCUGGGUGCGGAGGGUCCCGACGCUUACGAACAGCCCGAUGACGAAAGUCUUCCGCUCUCGAAAACCGCAUCGCAGGAAUCCCUGACUCCGGGGAAACUGGAAAUCAACUUCGAGGAGAAGCUUAAGCAUAAAAUCGAGGAAGAGAAAAGAAUAAAAGAAGAAGAAAGAAAACAAAAACUGGAAAUGGAGAAACAAGAAUUUGCUCAGCUGCGGCAAGAAAUGGGGGAGGAAGAAAUAAACGAAAGUAAUGAAGUCAGAAGCACGGAAUACGAAGAGCUGAUCAAACUGAAAAGGACCGGAUCCAUUCAAGCGAAAAACCUAAAGAGCAAGUUCGAGAAGAUCGGGAAAUUGUCUGAAGACGAGAUUCAGAAGAAGAUAGAGGAGGAGAGAUGCAGGAGGAAGGCGCUGGACGAGGAGCUGAGGGAGCGCGAGGCCGAGCAUUUCCACGAGGAAGACGACGUGGACGUCAGGCCCGCGGUGAAAAGCCAGGCUCCCUUCUCACAUAAAGUGAACAUGAAGGCGCGUUUCGAGCAGAUGGCGAAGGCGCGGGAGGAGGAGGAGCAGCGCAGGAUCGAGGAGCAAAAACUGCAGAGGAUGCAAUUUGAGCAGCAAGAGAUAGAUGCGGCGUUACAGAAGAAUAAAGACGACGACGAGGAAGAGGAAGCCAGCGUUAACGGCUCGCAGUACGAGGAGGAAGACCCGGCCCGCUCCGGAGCUCCCUGGUUUAAGAAGCCCUUAAAAAAUAUGUCCGUCAUCGACGGCGAGCCGGUGCGAUUCACGGUUAAAAUCACAGGAGAGCCCAAACCCGCCGUCACAUGGUGGUUCGAAGGAGAAAUGCUGCAGGACUGCGAGGAUUAUCAGUACAUCGAAAGAGGGGAGACCUUUUGCCUUUUCCUCCCCGAGACAUUCCCAGAGGACGACGGGGAAUACAUGUGCAAAGCAGUGAACAGCAGGGGCACGGCCGCCAGCAGCUGCAUCCUCAGCGUGGAGACCGACGACUAUUAACCUCCUGCUUCUCCGGAGAGCCCUUUCUCCCACUUCAUGCUGCCUUCCUUUCUCUGCCGCGUAACGCUGGCGUCUCCGCGCGCCGGGCGACCCGCCGGGUGAGUUUGUAGGAGCCGGGUAACUACGAACGCACACAAAACCGUACCGGCCCCGGAGGACAGAGACCGGCGCUCUCUUUGCUUCCCUAUCAGCGCGAAAACUUUGUGUUUGGAGUUUUAUUUUAAUGUCUUGUUAGAGCAAAUGUUUCACGUAAUGCAUUUUACAAUAAAAAGGUGAUGAGUU